AUGUCCGAGAGCAAGCGCGACCUGAACGCGAGCUCGCUCACGGUCGCGGACGGCGGCGACCACACCCUCCGCCGCAAACCUUGGUUGCGCAAGACGACCCCCUGGGCCGACAUUGUCGGACACCAGUACAAAGGCGCCGGCACCGAGGCCGACCCGUACGUCAUAACGUGGCUGCCGGACGAUCCGGAAAACCCGAUGAACUUUGGUAACGGGUACAAGUGGGGCAUGACUAUGCUUGUGACGAUGGGCUCGUCUAUGCUUUCCGCCGCGAUCAAGUCAAUCCGCAUGGAUUUCCCCGGGCACAACUCGAUGCUCUACAUCAUGAUCACGGGCAUCUACGUGCUGGGCUUUGUCGUCGGUCCUUUGUUGUGGGCGCCCAUGAGCGAGAUCUACGGCCGCCGCUUGUUGUUUGUUUUGACCUACAUCCCCUUCACGGCGUUCAAUGCUGCGUGCUGCGGCGCGCAGGACAUGAACACGCUGCUUGUUCUUCGAUUCUUUGCCGGCACCUUUGGCUCGAGCACCAUGACCAACUCGGGCGGCACGAUUGCCGACAUGUUCAGCCCGGCGCAGCGUGGUGCCGCCAUGGGUAUUUUCGCCAUGAUGCCAAUGCUGGGUCCCGCCAUCGGCCCCGUCGGCGGUGGUUUCCUGUCCGACGCCGAGGGGUGGAAGUGGGUCGCGGGCCUGAUCGCCAUUUUCUCCGGCGUGCUCACGACGGCGGGCACGCUUUUCCUUCCCGAGACGUACGAGCCUGUCUUGCUGCGGCAGAGGGCCAAGCGCCUGCAGAAGAACACGGGCAGGGUGUACCGGUACGAGCAGGACGUGAAGAAGGAGUUUGACGCGCGCAAAAUGUUCCGCGAGCAGCUCAAAGUGCCCUACAAGCUCCUCUUCACCGAGCCCAUUGUCGCCAUUGCGUCCCUCUACCUUGCCGUCGUGUAUGCCAUCAUGUACAUGGAGUUCACGGCGUUCCCCAUCAUCUUCCAGCAGUACCGCGGCUGGAGCUCGGGCGUCUCCGCCCUGGCGUUUAUCGGUAUCACGCUUGGCAGUUUCUUCGGACUGGUGUUCCUCGGCGUCUACGUCAACCCGCGCUACGCCAAGGCGCACGAGGAGAAGGGCUACCUGCCGCCCGAGGCGCGUCUCCCCGCCGCGACCGUGGGAUCCAUCCUCCUCCCCGUCGGCCUGUUCAUUUUCGCCUGGACCUGCGUCCCGGUCCGUAUCCACUGGAUCGGCGCGAUCAGCUCGACUCUCCCGAUCGGCGCGGGCAUUGUGCUCCUCAUGCUUGGCGUGAGCGUGUACUUGGUCGACACAUACCUCCUCCUUUCGGCGAGUGUCAUGGCGGCAGCCACCGUCACCCGCUCCAUCCUCGGCGUCGUCUUCCCCCUCUUCACAGUCGACAUGUACACGGCCAUGGGCCCGAACUGGGCGGGGACCUUUGUCGCCCUCCUCGCGUGUCUGUUCAUCCCCUGCCCCAUCCUGAUGUACAUCUACGGCCGGCGGAUCCGGCGCUGGACCAAGCCGGGCCGGGAGGCUGAUGAUCUCGGCCGCGCGAUUGCGCAAAAGCACCAGGCCGAGCGCGCGCGCGCGGCGGCGAGUGGCGAGGCGCUGCCAAAGGACAGCGAGGCGGAGCUCGACCUCCGCAAUGAGCCCGAGUACUUCACCCCCGAGGACGCGCACAAGGAUCGCGCAGCGGAGAUGGCGCUCGAGGAGGGGAGCAUUGGCGAAGAGGAGCCAGAGACGCCCAAAGUCGCCGGAGGCAUGAGUGCCAGCUCGAGCACGACGGCGUUCACCCAGCCGCAGGAGGGACGGAGGGUGUCGGCCAUCCCGACGCUGGAUCGGCAGUAA